AUCAUGACACAUCUUCAACAUAAGGAAAAGCUUCCUCUCUGGAAGCCUUCUAUUUGCUAACCUUGGGGAGAGGCUGACCCCUGCUUGUUGUUAGAAUCUUGAGCAGUAAUUUAAAAGCUUCCCGUUUCGUUCACAGUUAUUGUCAGGCACCAAAUGUGUGUCAUAAGUGAUACAAUGCUAGCUUGUAGCUCAGGAGCCCGCUAAACAGAGCUGCAGAAGCUAGUACGUGCUAUCGGUGGCUAACCAAGGAGACCGUGUAACGUUACAGUCACCAAAGAGAGCAGCUAACCAAGGAGACUUGUGCUGUUCAAUCUACAGGACAUGUCAUUUAAAUGCAGCAUAAUCAAGUCUUUGGAGACACUCAAGUGAAAUUACAAGCUGCAGAGGAAGAUGAACGCACCCGUCCCAAGGUUUCCCAUGAAUCUCCCCUGGAGUGGGAGGGUGUUGUGAAAAAGGAGAGAGGAGGGAGGCACGCAAGGAGAUUAUAAACAAGAGUCAUGAAUCUCCAUCAGGUUCUCACAGGGGCUGUCAACCCUGGAGACAAUUGUUUCUCUGUAGGGAGCGUCAACAAUGUGCCAUUCACAGCCUAUGCAUCGGGUUGUGACGUGGUGAUUUUGGGCAGUGACUUUGAGCGUCUGCAGAUCAUCCCAGGGGCCAAACAUGGGAACAUCCAGGUCGGCUGUGUCGACUGCUCACUGCAGGGUGGACAGAUUGCAGCUUCCUAUGGAAGCAUUGUGUGCGUCUUUGAGCCAGUUCAACACUCAUAUCAGAAAGACACAUCUCAAACUAAGUUGAACUGCCAAUGGCAGAAGACUGGUCAGUUCAUCUUACAGUCUAUGGUACGGAACCUGGCCUGGCAUCCUACAGGCAGCACUCUCUUAACUGGCUCUACAAGCCUCCAGUUGUGGUCCCAUUUUGAUGGGAAAGAUGAAGCUCAAGAUGGAGGCAAGCCGACAGAAAUGACCAUUAGAGACUCUCAGUCUGCCUGGAGAUGCAUCUGGCAGAGCAAGACAGCCUCUCCAGUCAGUUUGAUCAAGUUCUCUCCCGAUGGAGAAUUCUUUGCGACUGCUGGACAGGAUGAUUGCCUUGUAAAGGUUUGGUACAGCACCAGUAAGUGGAAGUCGGGAGUUUCCAGACUUUUCAAUCCUCCAGAGCCCAGUGUCAGUGUCCAAGGAGAGCUGACCUUUUCAUUUGUCUACCUGGCCCAUCCCCGCUCUGUAACUGGCUUCUCUUGGAGGAAAACCAGCAAGUACAUGCCUCGAGGUGCAGUGUGUAACGUUCUGCUCACCAGCUGUAAGGACAGUGUGUGUCGGCUUUGGGCUGAGACGUUGUUGCCGGGAGACAGCCUCCUGUCAGGUCACAAUAACAACCACCCCAGCCAACACAGUGACUCACACAGAUGUGCUGACCCUUUGAGGAAAAACACCUGCAAUGGGAAGAUGCAAGGACGACCAUCACAGGAAUUUAAUUUUCAAGAAUCAUUACACGCCCCCUCCUGUCGGGAUGUGCCCCAGCCCUCUCUGACUGGCUGCCUGCCUCACCACCAGAGCCUACACUACAAGCACAAGAGAGUCAGCAGCCACAUGCCUCAUGCCAAUGCUCUCUGCCACUUCCACAUUGCUGCCAGCAUCAACCCUGCAACGGACAUUCCUCUGCUGCCCUCUAUCUCCUCUCUGAGUGGUAUUGACGACGAGGAACCUGGAGGUCCUUUCACUGUCCACUGGCUGAACAACAAAGAGCUUCACUUCACAUUAGCUAUGGAAGUCUUCCUUCAGCAGCUCCGAGGCAGCCUUGAGCAACAGAGAGAAUGCUCCAAUGAUGAGCCUGAAGAUGAAGAUAACUCUGAUGAAGACGAUAACGGUAACAGGCCGAAUGACAACCAAGGCCCUGAUGUUGUGGAGCUCCCUCUGGCAGCAGUGAAGCACCAGGUGGACGUGCUGUUGGAGGAGUGGAAUAAAGGUGCAGACAUGUUGUUCAGCAUCCAUCCAAUGGACGGCUCUCUGUUGGUCUGGCAUGUGGACUGGUUAGAUGAAUAUCAGCCAGGCAUGUUCAGACAAACUCAGGUGUCGUUUGUGUCCCGUAUCCCUGUAGCGUUCCCUACAGGAGAUGCGAUCUCCCUCAGCCACAGUGUGGUUAUGUAUGCCUGCAACAAGAAUGUGGAUCUAGCAAUCCAACAUGGCAGACAGCGACCACCUGGAAGCACUUUGCCUCAAACCAAAUCUGCUCUUAUAAGCUACGGAGGUCAAGGAAAAGCUGCGCCUGGUAGUAGUCUUCGCCUCAGCAUAUUCACCCCAAACGUCCUUAUGAUCUCCAAACACGCCGAUGGCUCCCUGAAUCAGUGGGCCGUCAGCUUCGCAGAGGACUCCGCUUUCUCCACUGUGCUUAGCGUUUCUCACAAGUCACGGUACUGUGGCCACCGCUUCCACCUCAAUGACCUGGCCUGUCACUCAGUCCUCCCUCUCCUCCUCACCACCUCCCACCACAACGCCUUGAGGACGCCAGAUGUAGACAGCAUCCUUGCUCCUCCAGACACCUGCUCCUCUGGUUUCCCUCAUUCAACGUCUCUGCCUCAUCGGUCUAGGUCCAGCCGGGGGUCUCUGGGUGUGGUAUCCCAGGAUCCCAAUGCUAUUUACAGUGAGCUGAUUUUAUGGAGAGUGGACCCCGUGGGCCCAUUGUCAUUGUCCGGCGGGGUUUCUGAACUGGCCCGGAUAAAUUCUCUCCAUGCAUCAGCUUUUGCUAAUGUAGCCUGGCUCCCCACACUCAUUCCAAGCAGCUGUUUAGGUGCGUACUGUAACUCUCCCAGUGCCUGCUUUGUUGCAAGUGAUGGCCACUCGCUCAGGCUAUAUCAGGCUGUUAUUGAAGCAAAGAAACUCCUGAGUGAGCUAUCCAACCCGGAGAUAUCAAAAUAUGUUGGGGAGGUAUUCAACAUCAUCAGUCAGCAAUCUACUGCAAAACCAGGGUGUAUCAUAGAGCUGGAUGCCAUCACUGGAUUUCAGGGGAAGGAGACCCAGCUCCUGCAUGUUUUUGAGGAGGAUCUGAUCCUCAGCAGUGAGAGAAUGGAGAGCACGAAGGGAACUCCUGAUUCUCCAAAUACUGCCUCCAGCGAGCCAGCCUUCUCAGCACGUUUUUUCCUUGUGGUGGUUGAAUUGACUCCGACAAGUCGCUCGCUCCUCCACAUGUGGCAUCUCCAGAUUGCUGCUCUACCAGUCACCAUGGACCAGACCUCUCCGUCGCAGAGCAGUGCGACGCCAGCUUCUCCUUCGAACAGCUCUCAAUACAGCUUUGACAUGUUCACAUCCCCAGUACCUCAAAAAAGCAAACCCUGCACUUCCAAUCUGCAGAGUGCCUGUCGCCUCAGCCUCACAACACGUAGGGUGUACAGCCAAGAGAUGGCUCUGCCUGAAGGAGUGGAAGCCAUCAGUGUUACACCUUCAGCAGGUCACCUGAGUGCAUCCUGUUCCCUGCCGGCCGGCCCUGUGCCUUACCUCCUCGCUACUUCCUGUUCUGAUGGAUCUGUCCGCUUCUGGAGGUGUACCGUCAGUACAACAGAGCCCUUAGGCACAAACGACUUGGUAUACCAGUGGGAGGAGUGGCCUCUCCUAGUAGAGGACGGGUUUCAUAACAACAGCGCAUUGAGCAUGCACGGCCGACCCAUUGAGGUCAGCUGCUGCCACACGGGACAGGUUGCAGUUGCUUACAGGCAGACUCCAAACACACCUCUGAACUCCACACCUCAUCUGAACUCUCAUGGACCGUUGAUUUCUCCUCCCUCUCUGGCCUCUACCCCUUAUAUGCACUACAACAAUACCACUACCAACACCCACCUGACCCCAACCCUGACUGUACAGCGAAGCCCAAAUCUCACUCCAAGUCCCAACAUAGCAAACGCCAGAGAACCAUUGUUCCAUAUCAGCAUCUUUCAGUGUGAGUCCACUGGUGGUUCCCAGUGGAUUCUAGAGCAGACCAUAGUUCUGGAUGGCACAGAUGGUGUUGGUAAUAGCACAGCUGGAGGUGGCAGUACACCAAAUAACACAGACUUCUCUGUACCUAAUGAGAACUGUCCUGGCUCUAAUAGUCGUAGCCUGGUUCAUUUGGACUGGGUCUCACAGGAAAAUGGCUCACAUGUUCUCACUGUUGGGAUUGGGACAAAGAUUUACAUGUACGGCCGUCUCUCUGGGAAACCUCCAGAACUUGGCCUGUCAUCAGACACCAGUAGAGACCAGCGCUCAUCUCAUCUGGUUCUGCUCCGAUCAGUCGAUCUGGUCUCCUCUGUGGAAGGCUCCUUACCCGUUCCAGUCUCCCUCUCCUGGGUACGUGACGGCAUCUUGGUAGUUGGCAUGGACUGCGAGAUGCACGUCUACUCUCAGUGGCAGCCCCCAGCACCACCCAAACCAAGCGCCACAACCACCCAAGACACAGACAUCAGCAGCAGCAUGUCCUCUAUAAUCUCGGCCGUCAGACAGAGCCAGGAGGACGCUCUCAGCCCCGGGGCCCCAAUGUCUUUACUGGCUCCUCCCAAAAAGGCCCUGACCAGAUCGAUGAUGAGCCUGGCUCAGAAACUCAGUGGGAAGAAAACAGCUUACGACCUGCCUGUAGAGAUGGAAGACUCUGGGCUUUUUGAAGCAGCUCACCAGCUCUUUCCCACGCUGCCCCAGUACCAUCCUGUACAGUUACUUGAGCUCAUGGAUCUAGGAAAGGUUCACCGUGCCAAAGCCAUUCUCUCUCACCUGGUGAAAUGCAUUGCGGGGGAAAUCGUGGCUCUCAAAGACAGCACCACCAAUCCAGAGAAACGGGUGCGCUCUCGAACCAUCAGCGCUGGAGGCAGCACAGCCAGGGACUGCAAAGUGUUUCGCAAAGCAGAAAACUCCCCACCAGACUACACAGAGAUAAGCUCCAUUCCUCCUCUGCCUCUCUACUCACUGCUGGCAGCUGAUGAGGAUACAUUAACAAAGCCUGAUAAACUGGGCAGUGUGAGUGGAGAUAGUGGGCACGGUUCCAGUCACACUGAUGCGUAUGAUGAGCUCUUUCAAACUCCCAGCAUGGCAGACCUGGACCCUCUCGAUACUGAUCAGGAGGAAGCUGGGAACAAGGUCAUUGACCUCUCCCAGUACAGUCCAACAUACUUUGGUCCAGAACACGCCCAGGUUCUGUCCAGUCACCUCCUUCAUUCCAGUUUGCCAGGCUUAACCAGUAUGGAGCAAAUGUCUCUGAUGGCGUUGGCCGACACCAUCGCCACCACAAGCACAGACUUCAAGGACAGCCAGGGCACCAGCAAAGGUGGAGAAACAUUGGAUGAGUGUGGUCUAAAGUUCUUGCUGGCUGUCAGACUCCAUACUUUUCUCUCUACCUCUCUGCCUCCAGCACACAGAGUACAGCUCCUACGACAAGGCUUGUCAACAUGUCAUUACGCCUGGGCCUUUCACUCUGAAGCCGAGGAGGAGCUGCUGAAUAUGCUACCUGCCCUUCAGAAAGGAGAGCCCACCUGGCCUGAACUGCGCUCCAUGGGUGUAGGCUGGUGGCUACGCAGCACCAACAAGCUGCGCAGGUGUAUUGAGAGGGUUGCCAGGGCUUCAUUACAGAAGAGCAACGAUCCUCUGGAUGCGGCUAUAUUUUACCUUGCUCUGAAAAAGAAGGCGGUGGUCUGGGGAUUGUACAGGUCUCAGAAGAAUGUCAAAAUGACAGAAUUUUUCCGCAACAACUUCAGUGAGGACCGGUGGAGGAAAGCAGCAUUAAAAAAUGCCUUUUCUCUGUUGGGGAAGCAGCGGUUCCAGCACUCUGCAGCCUUCUUCCUUCUAGCUGGUUCCCUUAAGGAUGCUGUUGAGGUGUGCAUAGAGAAAAUGCAGGACCUGCAGCUGGCCCUGGUGAUCUGCAGAUUGUAUGAGUCUGAGUUUGAGACUGCAUCCACCUACAAAAAGAUCCUCCAAAGACAUGUGCUGGGACAAGACAAACAGAUUACAGCCCACCAGGACCCGUUCCUGCGGAGCAUGGCGCACUGGGUCCUGGAGGACUACAGUAGAGCCUUGGACACUCUACUCGAGCAGCCUGCUAACAGCAGCAGCUCUGGGUCCACCGAGACCAAACGUGACAACGGUUCCUGCCCCGUGUCUACAUGUAACCCAGAGGUUUUCAACUUCUACACCUACCUUCGUACUCACCCACUCCUCCUCCGCCGGCAUUUAGGCUCCUCAGAAAAAGCUAAAGUUGGACUGACUGCUGAGGGUCGCAGAGCUGACUCCAUCAGCCUGGAGGAGAGAAGGCUGUUUUUUACAGCUGCAUAUGCACACCUGCAGGCUGGCUGUCCCAUGCUAGCGCUCGAAGUCCUCUCCAAAAUGCCCAAAGUGCGCAAGCAUUCCAAAAGCACCCACCAGGCGGACACAGGCAUUGCCGCUGAACUCAGUGUUGGGAGCAAGAACGGUCAAAUAUCUGACCCUGAUUGGUCUCGUACGGCUCUGAACGGCUACGAGUCGGAUGGAAACAGCUUAUCCAACAGCCAGUCAGAUUCAGUGCUAAGCUUCGACUGGAGCCAGCCGUCAGUUACACUUCCAGACGAGCCCCUGGAGCUAAAGUGGGAUACUGACAAAGAUGAUGAGGACGAGGAUGAAGAAGAAGAAACUAAAAAUGGUAAUCCUGGUGGAAUCGCAGACAGCAGCAGUGUGUUUCAGGACACGCAGGAUGCCAUGUCCCCGCUAAUGGAGACAGUGAUGGAAGAGGACAGCGAGGAUAGCAGUGACUUCAUAGCGCCAUCUGAAGACAUCCUGGCCGCCCAGCUGAAGUUUACGGCCUGCUUGAAGAUUUUAACAAAUGAGCUCCGAACGCUGUCAACAGGGUAUGAACUGGAAGGAGGAAAGCUACGUUAUCAGCUUUGCCAGUGGUUGGAGAGAGAGGUGGUGGCUCUGCAGCGUUGCUGCAGCUACAAGCCCUGCCUGCCAGAGCUGUCUGUCCAAGCUGAUGCUCCUGUUUCUGGGUUGGUGGAGGAGGAACAGGCGGGGAGUCCUCGUGGUGGCAGCCACAGGAGCAGGAGACACUGGCUGCAGAGUAACCAGCCCUUACUGAGGAUGUUUCUGAGCUACUGCAGCCUGCAUGGCUCACACGGUGGAGGACUGGCCUCUGUGCGCAUGGAGCUCAUAUUGCUGCUUCAAGAGUCUCACCAGGAUGACUCUAUCCAGUCAGCAGUGAUGCCAUGUUCCCAACCAACAUCUAUCCCUCUUCUGAUGGCGUGCACAGCAAACGUGAAGACGGUGGUGGCGAAUCCCAUCGUGUACCUGACCAACCUCACGCACGACAUCCUGCAGACCAUCAACUCUUUCGACUCUCCUCCACAUCCUGAUGUCGUUAACAAUGAGAUCUACGUGCUGCACACAUUGGCUGCUUCCUUGUCAGCCUGUAUAUACCAGUGUUUGUGUGACGGACACACUCACAGCCACGUGAACCAUUUCACAGGCACUGUGUAUCAGAGUGUGUUGUUGUCUCAGAAGCAUCCAGUCAGAACUCUCAGCAUGGAUGAGUCUGUUCAGCCCAACACUUCCCCAGCACAGUGGCCAGGAAUCGCCUCUCUGAUACGCCUGUUGAGCUCAGCAGGUGAGGAGAGCCAGCCGGGCUUAGCUAUGCUGCUUUGUGAGAUCCUCACCGCUGUCUUCCUCAGUCUGUUUGUUCACGGCUUGGCCACUCACUCCAGCAACGAGCUGUUCCGCAUUGUGGCUCACCCCCUCAACAGCAAGCUUUGGGUGAUGGUGUUCGGAGGGGGCGCCAGGACACCUGUCAUCAUAGAAAAACCAACCAGCCCAACAAGAUCACCCCCACCAGUUUCACCAAGUGGCUCAGACAGGAAGUCCAGACGAUUCAGGCUGCUGUCAUCCCGCAACGCAUCAAAAGAGGAGUCUGGGAUAGAGCGGGAGGCACCAUCUAGUCCACGGCAUGGCCCUGUGGUGGAACAAGAAGCUCCCCCCAUCUUUAAAGAAAGAUUUGUCCCUCCAGAGCUCAGCAUUUGGGAUUACUUCAUUGCAAAGCCGUCACUGCCACCAUCAGAAAGCAGGAUUGAAUACGACUCAGAGGAGAGCCAGGGCAGUCAAGAUGAGGAUGAAGAUGAGGAUGAUUUUGAAGAUGUGUUCGACCCCAACUCUCCUCAAAGAGAGCAUUCCAACCACAAUUCAUACAGUUGGUGUUUGAUGCGUCUGGCGAUGGUUCAGCUGGUGUCGGUCAACCUCAAAUCCUUUUACCCAAUGGCAGGAUAUGAUCUAUUAGAUCUGCCCGUGGGCUCGCCGCUCUGUCACGCUGUGCUGAAGACGCUGCAGCGCUGGGAGCAGGUGUUGCAGAAAAGGCUUGAGAUUUUUGGGGGGGCCCCUUCCAAGUACAUCUCCACCCACCUACAUGACGAAGCGGCCACACCUGGACCCGCCCUGCUCAGACACAAGGCCCUGUUUGAGCCGUCAAACACCCCAUUCAGGACCAGCCACCCUUCAGCACUCCCAGUGAAGCGUCUGUGGCAGUAUCUGGUCAAGCAGGAAGAAGUACAGGAGACUUUCAUUCGAAACAUCUUUGCCAAGAAACGAGACCCAAAUGAGUCGGGUGAGGACCAUACUGACAGUCUGAAAUAUUCAGGGAUGGAGGAGACAGGAAACCAUCAGACUGAGUCAGAUCCGAGCGGCCCUGGAGGAAAGGCACGCAUCAUCCACAAAGAGUCUGACAUCAUCACAGCUUUUGCCAUCAACAAGGCAAACCGUAAUUGUCUAGUCAUGGCCUCCACCCAUGACAUUCAGGAGCUGGAUGUGUCAUCCAUCUUGGCCACACAGAUCCUGACCUGGAUCGAUGACGACGAGGCUGAAGCCAAAGGAAGCGUUGGUGGUGAUGACUUCCUGGUGAUCCAUGCACGGGAUGACUGUGCCGCCCUCCAGGGCACCACACCGUACACUCACAGCAGCCUAGGCACACCCAUCAACAUGCCGUGGUUGGGAGGUCUGCAGACGGGCCGGGGUGCAUCUGUGAUGAUCAAGAGAAAUAUCAACAAUGUGAGAAGAAUGACCUCCCAUCCCACACUGCCCUACUACCUGACGGGAGCUCAGGACGGGAGUGUGAGGAUGUUCGAGUGGGGUCACUCCCAGCAGAUCAUUUGCUUCAGGAGUCCAGGGAACUCCAGAGUCACCAGGAUACGGUUCAACCACCAAGGAAACAAGUUCGGUAUUGUAGAUGCAGAUGGAGGUUUGAGUCUCUGGCAAACCAACACAAGCGGGACUGCACCCAAACCCUACCUGACGCUGCAGUGCCACCACAAGACAGCUCACGACUUUGUCUUUGUGGGCUCCUCCUCGCUCAUCGCCACUGCGGGUCUCUCAAUAGACAACAGGAACGUGUGUCUGUGGGACACUCUGGUGACUCCUGUGAACAGCCUUGUACAUGCUUUCUGCUGUCACGAGUCUGGUGCCACCGUUCUGUCAAUGGCCCCCAGGCAGCAGCUCCUCAUCACAGGCGGGAGGAAGGGCUGGAUCAGUGUCCUGGAUCUUCCCUACAGGCUCCAGAGGCAGACCUUCCAGGCCCACGACUCGCCAGUCAAAGCGCUGGCUGUCGAUCCCACAGAGGACUGCUUCAUCAGUGGAUCAUCAGAAGGCAACAUUAAGGUUUGGAGCCUGGCCACGCAGUCUCCGCUCUACAACUUUCCGAACGAACACGCUCGCCAGUCGCUCUUCAGGAACCUGGGCACGGGCGUCAUGCAGAUCGAGGUGGGACCAGCCAAUCACAUCUUCUCCUGUGGCGCAGACGGUACGAUGAAGAUGCGGGUCCUCCCCAACCGCUUCAGUGUUGUCAACCACAACAACAACCACAGCAACCUCAAGAACGAUGUCAAGUUCAUCAUUUAGACUGAAGGAAUCAGGUGUUGAAGCAAUUUAAUAAUGUGAAGUGCAGAUUCUGACAAAGGGGCAAAGUUUCCAGCUGUGGAGAUACCCGGCUGGAAGCGCGGUCUCCGUGGGUUAAUUUUUGGGGGAAUGAUGCCAAGAUAGAACAACGAUGUCAAGUGUUAUUUAACUUUGAAGGAGGCUGGAUUUACAGACUUUCCAAGAGUGAGAGUGUGUCGAUCCUGGGGCCAAAAUGCGAUCACACCUGCCGUGCUCUGUGUGGGACAAGACCAUUAAAGCAGGCCCAACAGAGGAGUGUUUCAACCUGUGGUGAAAGCUGGAGUGAGCACAGGCUAACAAUGAAUGGCACAGUCGAUCACAACAAACUGAAAGAGACACAAAAACCGAGCUGAAGAUUCUCCGAAACAAACUCAGUGUCACACGGAGAGCCUUUGUUUUUGCACAGGAAGCGAAGCUGCAGAAUACUGAGAAUCUGCAGGUUUGUUCUUCUUCUACAGUAUCCCCGAGUCUCUUAGUUCAUAUAACAGAGGCAGUCGUGAUGGUGAAAGCUCUUCAGGAAUCACUGCUGGAGUUUUCAGGUGAUAAAACACUGGAAGCUGUGCGUGCAGUGACUCAUAAAGAGACAAUAAGAGCCUUCAGAGGUUUGAAUGCACCACAAGACUGUGCAUUACUGUCGAGCCUGCUCAGCACAAAGCAGUUAGGCCAGCCAGCGUCACACAAAGCACAUUGUAUCCUGUCAGGAGGAGUCACGGUGCAUUCUGGUAUGUAUUGUUUACCAUAAUGAGCCAGCGUGGUUGGAGAAUCAGGAGGCCAGGUGUUAGGAAAAGAUCAAACCACACUUAAGGAACUUCUGGAUGUCAAUUUCAUAUCACCGUUCUGUUUCAAGUUUUAGUUUUGUUGGCUGAGGUUUAGCCUGAUUUAAAAUGAACAGAUGAAAAGAUCAUCUGAUCACAAAGGUAAAAGAACGGAUAGGAACAGUGAACCUGCGAAAUUUCACACAACAGUUUUGGUGUUUUUCCAUCCUUCCUUCCACAAGGGUCAGAAAAUAGCUCUCAUGUUUGUCCAUUAAAUGAAGAGUAACAGGCAGCAGCUGGCUAGCUUAGCCCAAAGACUUGAACAAACAGAGCUAGCUGUUCUCAGCCUAAGCUAAGCUAAACGUCUGCUGGCUGAAGCUUCACAGUUAUCAGGCGGAUAUGGGAGUGACGUGAUUUUCCUCAUCCACCGCUCCAGCAGAGAGCAAAACGGCACAUUUUAGAAAUGAGAAAUGUUCCUUUAAUCAAGCUUGUAGAAAUAUUUGAUGUGAGUUGAGGUUUGUGCUGCAGCUGCCCAAUAUUUUCUAGGUUUUACGGACUUCCUGAACGCACCAUUUCUCGAACUCUAUUUGCACAUAAUCAUAAAGCUAAAUGAUAUGUAGUAUAAUGCAUACAAGUAUAGGAAGUAGUCCUUUGGUAAUAAGAUCAGUUAAUAGAUUUAACCAGUGGUAUUAUUAAUAUUAAGUGUCCUUAAUCUCUGGAAACUACGUAAGUACUAUAGUACUGUUUGUCCUGAGUGGGUGGAUUAUUAUUGAUACUAAGUUGCACAAAGUACGCCCUCACCGCUAUGGGACAUCAUGAAUAUUACCUGUUUCUGGUUGUGUUGUGAUUUUUUAACUUUGCGAUAUAAAGCUUGAGAACAUGUAGCAGGAAACGUUGCUGUUGACAAUGAAAACAGGGUUUUGGGGGGUUUGGUUCUGUUAAACAACUUUGAAUGAAUAUUCUGUUGUGGAAACCGUUUGUUCCAUUAACAAUGCACUUCCAUUUCAUUUACUCCAAAGGUUUAUUAUUUUCCUUCUGGACCACGGAGACGUUCUCAUGCCUUGUUCUUAUUAGAAGUCUACUUGCAGGCUUGCUCUUCAGUUUAUUUGCUUCAUUUAAUUUAAUUUGUUUUAUCAUUCAAUUUCUUCAUAUUUUGUCCAAAUGCAGCACAAUGCCUUCAGUCCAUGCUUAGAAACUGUAGCCCAGGUUGGGGUGUGAAAUGACGCGUCUUCCGCUUUAAUAAGGAAGGCGCUCAUGCAAACUGCCCACUGGUGACAGUUCAGUCUGAAGGGGAUCAUUGAAGCUAAGAGCUGCGUUGUGCUGCUGUAGGAAAUCCGCUUUGAUUGAUUUGCUUUGAUUUCAGGAGAAACUGAGGAAACCUUUCAGAUGAAGCAGCUUUAUCACAGUGAUGUAAAUACAUAGAUCAUAGACUAGGCUUCUCUAAAUGACUGCAUAAUCAUAACAAGUAGUCGCAGGUGAGUAGUUGGUAAUGACAUAGGCCACUUUAUGAAGAAUAUUAGCUGUAUAAAUAAAGUUAUAUGUAUGAAAUAAGUUCAUAUUUAGGAUCAUAGACUGAUCGAAAGGCAGGGUUGAUCUGAUGUUCUGUUUUGUUGUCUAACUGGGUCAAUUCUUCUUUCUCGUAAUUUCCCGAUGUGAGCUUCAACAGACACUUUUUUUUUAUUUUCCUGUCAAAUCAAAGUAGAAAAUUCAGUGUACAUCUGCAGUAACUCUAGAAUAAACUGUUUUUAUUUCAAAGUCAACCUUUAUGUGCUCCUACAGACACUGAAGAAUAAAACACUUUCUAUAUACACGACCACUUUCUCCAGAAAAUAAGAUAGAACAAUAGAACAAAUAAACAGCAUCAGUGUGUCAGAGGAUCGAGAGGAUUCAACUAAAUCACUCCGCUUAAUCAAAAUGAACCAAAACAUUCACAUUCAACUAUUCCUUUUCUCCUUCUGGAAUCUUACAAAUGUGAAUUUGAUCAGAUAAUUCUAAUUUUAUAAUGAAGAUAUUGUGUAAAUCAAUGUAUUAUAUUCAGAAAAUGUACUGAUGUAAUAAAAAAUGAUGUAACAUAA